UACGCUGACGUAUGGGGAAGUAAAAAACGGAAAACAGCGCGCUUGUUUGAAAUGGAAAGGCGUCUCGGUAGCUAUUGACAACAGUGUGAUUCACUCAAAGUUUGCAUUUCGUCUUGCUAUAUUUUGUAGACCGUAAUACAUACCCUAUAUGCACGGAUAAAUAUACAGUUGUCCUUUAGGAUACGUUUGCUUACCGUCCACGAUGAUGCUGUUCAAUGCAUGGACUUUUGACAUGUAACGUUACCGUUCAACUUAGCCAGCUGCUAACGUUAGCUCUUCCUACUUUGCUUUGUAACGUUAGCUACUCUCUCCGACCGAGAAAGUUGUCAACACCCAAGCUCUAUGAUGGCUACUAGAGACAGCAGUCGCAUCAUGCUGCUGGAGGAAGAAGUGAGGAGUUUAUCUGAGGAGUUAGUGCAAUGCCAGGCUGACAAGGAGUUUGUGUGGUCCCUAUGGAAACGCCUCCAAGUGGCCAAUCCGGACCUGACCCAGGCCGUUAGUCUAGUGGUCGAACGAGAGAAAUGGAAAGCUGAAGCCAAGGACCGCAAGGUGCUGGAGAUCCUGCAGGCCAAAGACUACAAGCUCCAGGAGCUGGACCAGAGAGUGACAGGGCAGCAGCAGGAGAUCACCAACCUGGUCCAGAGGAAGAUGGCUGUGGACGAGGACAGAGGACUAGUGAAGAAGGAGCUGGCAGCUCUGCGCCGCAAGCUGGGGAAUAAGAGUCAAGAACUUAAGGAUGUGAAGGAGGAGAGGAGGAGGAGAGAAGCGGCCCUGGAGGAGGAGAAGGAGGGAUUAGAGUCCUGCUGCUCUGCCCUGCGAGGCGACCUGGAGCAGGCACAGAGGCAGGAGAGGAGGCACGGAGAGGAGAGAGACGCCGCGGACGCCAAAGUCAAGGAGAUGGAGGGUGAUCUGAGCGAUGCCCAGCGGCAGGUGGCAGACCUUCAGGGCCAGUGCAGCAGCCUGGCAGACCUCCUCUCCUCCAGGCAGAAGGAGGUGGCACAGAGGGACAAACACGUCACCCAACUUGGGCGUGAGCUGCAGGAGGUGCAGGCCCUGUACAGACAGAGUAGUGAACAUGCUGCAGAGCAGGCCCAGCUCAUCCAGCAGCUAGAGGGACUCAACCUGGACACACAGAGAGUCUUACUCAACCAGGAAGAGGCUCACACUGCAGACACCACCUCUUAUCAGAAGCUCUAUAACGAGCUGAGCAUAUGUUACCAGGCGCUCAAAUCCAACGAGGGCCAGCUCCGCCAGAGUCACGUCGCCCUGACAACCCAGCUGGGCCUGAAGGAACAGCAGAUUGUGCAGCUCCAAGGCCAGCUACAGCAACAACAACAACAGCAGACACACAACCAGCAGCAGCUUCCACAGACCAUGGCCCCAGCCGGUCCCCCAGCCAGGCAGACCAACUCUAAACACUUUGAGGAGCAGACUCUGUAUGACUCUCCAGAUCAGGAACCCAGUGGAGAGGAGGCCCCAGCCUCAACCUGUAGCCCGGUCCCACAGGAGCCCCAUCGGCCCCCAGACACACCGCUGGCCCUCAGCCCCUCCAGGGGCCAACACACUGGGAGACAGCAGAGUGUACCGGUGCAGCGGUCCAGGUCGUUGUCCCCGGCGAGCAGCGUGGAGUCAGGAAGAGGAGUGGAAAAGAGGAUUCAUGACCUGGAGGAGCUGCUCAGACUGAAGACGGAGGAGAACGAGGAGCUGCGGAGGGCCCAUGAGAAACGCCACGAGCGCCUGCGUCUCGUCCAGACCAACUACAGGACAGUCAAAGACCAGCUCCGAGAGGUGGAGGACGCACAGGGCCUGCCCAGGGGCAGGACCCAGCAGCGGGCAGAGCCGUGGCAGCUCCGCCAGGAGAACAGCGAUGCGGUGUGGAACGAGCUGGCCUACUUCAAACACCUCAACAAGAAGCUCACUACACACAAGACUAACCUAGAGGAGGAGCUGGAUGUGUUGCGGGUCCAGGCUGCUAUGGACCGGGCCACUGUACAGGAGCUGAGGCUGUGUCUUCAGAACGAACAACAAGAGCUUCUUCACAAAGUGGCAGCCGAUCCGGAGGUCAAGAACAGCACUCCCAAAAAGCCCUCUGCCGAGAGAGUGGAGCAGUCGCUGAAGAAGAUAGAACAGUUGGAGAGGAGGACGGUGUCCAUGGAGCAGGAGACCGAGAGGUUGAGGGAGGACAACCAGGACCUCCAGGAGGCCAACACAGCUCUAACCCAGGACAAGGAGCACCUCCAGGGCUCCCUGGCCCGCCUCCGCACCCAGGGGGCUGCUCGCGACGAGGCGGCCCAUGCCCAGGCACUCGCCCAGGGGGAGAGACACCGUGCCGAGGCCCUGGCCCUGGAGACCCAGCUGGAGGGGGCCAGGAGGGAAGCCGGACGCACCCGGCAGCAGCUGCUACGGCUCAGGCAGGAGCUGGGCAUCCUGAGGGCGGCCCGGGACUUCAACAGGAGCCAGAGACGAACCAAGGCUAACAUGCUAACAGGGCUGGCCACAGCAGCCACAGCAGGAGGAGGAAUAAGUGGAGGGGCAUUAGCAAACAGCAAGGUCAAAUUCAAAACAGGCAUGCGGCCCAGAGGCCCAGCGCGGCUGCACCGCCACCGAGCGAUUGGCCCCAAUCAAGCCAUUGGAGGGGGAGGCCGCAGCCCUGCUAGGGACGACUGGGAGGACAUAAGCGCGGACAGUGGAGAGGAGUACUCUGACAGCCUGGACAGUCACCCAGUCAAGUCACACAGGUAUGCAGCCGCCUCAGAACAGCCAGCGGAAGAAUUCUCCAGAACGCAGCCCGAUGUUCCGAACCAAGGAUAUAAACAGAGGGAGCCAGGGGAGGAAGGAGGGAAGAGACGGAGUGAGAGAAAGAGGAGGAAGGCCCAGAGGUGCGGCUGCUGCGCCCCCGCCUCUCUGCGCGGACGCGUUCUGGCGCUCCAGCGCCACCUCGCCGUUCUACAGACCGCCCGGCGUGAUGCCCAGCGCUCCUCUCAGGAGCUGCGAGACGCCAACGAGAAGAUCACAUCGCAGCUCGCCCAGAGACUGAACGUCAGCAAGCAGUUAUCACAGAAGCUGACUUCUGACCUGGCGGGUGUAGAGCAGCAGAAGAAGGUGCUGGAGAUGGAGCUGGAGCAGUGGAGGCAGAUCCACAGGACCAACACCCCCCAGCAGCUCCCCUCUACCGCCCCCCAGCCCCUGGAGACCCCCAGCCCUGCUGUCCUCAAAGCCCUGGAGGCAGAGGUCAAACAGCUCCACACUAAACUGAAGAGCUCCAAGGCGGAGGUGACGAGGCACAUGUCGGCUAACAAAGCCCUGCGAGCCCAGCUGCUGGAGAGAGAGGAGAAGCUCAGAGAACUGCAGGAGAAGGUGAUCCACACAGAGAGAGACGUGCACAUGAAGAGGCAGCUGGUGGAGGACGUGAAGACCAGGAUGAAGUUCCUCCUGGAGACUGAGAAGACACACAGAGGACUGGUGGAGGAGCUGGAGAAGAAAGUGAAGACCUUGACAGAGGAGGCCACUAACAGGAAGGCCUUUACAGACUCUCUGAAGAGGAGGCUGAGCGUAGCCACUAAAGAGAAGAGUCAGUAUGAGACGACCUGUCAGGAUCUCAAGGAGGGCCUGGACAAGAAGGAGCAGUGUGUGGAGGCCCUGCAGGCCCGUGUGAGAGCCAGUGAGCGGGCCCAGGCUGAGCUGGAGCAGACAGCCUCCCGUCAGAUGGAGGGUCUGGCCCAGCAGAGCACCGUGGCCCUGGAGGCCCUGCACAGACGACUGGGCCUGGCCCACACACAGCUGGAGCAGCUACAAGCCUUCACUAAGGCUCUGGCAAGCGAAACUCUCCGCGAGGUGCAGGACGCCAAAUCGCAGCUGAGGAAGAACAGGAAGAGGGCAGAGAAGAAGAAGUCAGUAGGGGCCGGAGGGCUGUCCAAGCAGUCCAUGGUCAAGGCCCAGUCCAUUGCUGCAUCCAUCCUCAACAUGACCGAGAUGGACCUGGCAGAAAUGCUGGACACCGAUGAGGAGGAGGAUGAUGUGGCAGCAGACAGCAGGAGAGACCAGGAGUGGCUGGACCAGGUCAUGAAGAUCCUCCAACAAGAGAUCCCCUCUGCUGCUCUCCUAAUGGAGGUGCUGUGUGUGAAGAUGAAGGAGAGGAAAGUGCUGACAGAAGCGCUGGCCGCGCUCACAACACCAGUCAGCGAAAUCGCCUGACUCCCACUCCGGGGCUGAGGGCUGCGGCUGGGAAAAACUGUCAUCCUCUCACUCUCCUCCUCCUCUUCUCUCCCCAUCCCUCCUUCGUGCCCAGGCCUUUCUUUCUCAGCGGGGGCUGAGUUGGCCAAGUCGACCUGAAGUUGCUCUCUCUGCGUGUGUGUGUGUGUGUGUUUGUGUGUGUGUGAGCGCGCACGUGUAUGAAGUUGCCUCCACGCCGCGCUUCCAGAACCAAUAUUUACGAGAAAAGCGCUGUCGACUCACUCCGAGCCACUCGCUCACGCAGCGGUCUAGUGCCGUGCCGGGGCCCAGCCUUUGUAAAUGAGCCCCCAACAUCUGCGUUAGUGGUUAGCGCGCUCCAUCUGCUAGACAAGGCCCUUUAGCGUCAGGCUAAUUUACAGUACAGAGACAAACGCUCUCUCUCUUUCUCUCCCUACUCCAAAUGCCAUCCUGAGGUGAUGAUAACAUUAUGCUUACGUUUUUACUUCAAGUUAGACAUGAUUUGUUAUGUUUUUUUUAUUUUGAUAUUUUCAGUACUUUAUUGUGGAUCUCAAGGACCCCAGGGUGCUCGGAGUGGGACCUGACCCAACAGUGCAGACUCAACGAAAGAACAAGUACUCUCUUAAUAAAGUAAGAAGCAGACAUACUCUUUCCCCUCUUAGGAUAUACUGGACUCAUGCAUUCCAUGUCCCAUUUAGACCGAUUGGAUUCCAUUGUUCCAUUCACGUUUCAGUGACCAAAUGCUCUUAACGUGAAUGAUAUCAUAAAAUAUACAUUUUGUGUGUUUUGUUUGUUAUAUCUAGGUAUAUUCUGAAAUGUAUUUUAUUUCAGAAUACUACUAGACAUUUGUGUGUUCACUUCAUACUGUAUCUUGCAAUAGGUAAUUAUGUCAUAUUGUUAACUGAUUGAAAUUGAAUUUAAAUAAAAGUGUGUUGCCAAUUGUUUUAUUUUUA